ACUUUGGCUGCCUACGGGUGUUUACCGAAGAAAAAGGGGGAAGUGCCGCAGCCGUCCUUGCUUCGAUAGGAGAAGGGAAGACCCAGAUCUAGAUACUGUUGGACAGAGGGGACGUUCUCGACAGUCGUGCCCGACGGAUCUCCAUGGUCGUCGCUGGUCUACAUCCCAACCUUCGAGUUGUGACCGCAGGAAGAGCAGGGGUAGCGAGGUCUGGAGCGACGGCAGCGAAUUCCGGCCCACCCGCUGGCGGCUACAGUCCUCAGGGUGCACCGGGAGGGGCUAUCCUGAGGAACGAAGAAGGUCAGAUGGUCUUAACAGCAUCUUUUCCGAUUCAGGCCUCAUCUCCUCCGGAAGCGGAACUUCGAUCGUUGAUUCAUGCCACAAAAUGGGCGACGACUGAGGGCUUCCAUGACUUUCAGGUGGAGGUAGAUUCCACGGAGGUGUUGAAGUAUAUCAGAACUGCGACCGACAUUAUUCCACGGAGGUGUUGCAGUUCCAUAUUUUUUUUUCUUGCUGAAUUUCCAGAACAGAUUUUGACUGGUUUCUUGUAAAUGGGAUGAAUUAUUAGAUGUUUUUUGGAAGGAUUUCUCACUUGAUUUGCUCAAACUCUCGACGAGAGCACCAUUGAUGGAUUAUAGGGAUCCAAACAUAUAAUUAAAAGGAGAGAUUGAGCUAUGAAAGUGAAGACGAUGAAUGAAUAGUAGAAAUGUGUGUGAAUAUUGGUUCUAGGAA